ACGCCAAAGUAGCUCUAUGAACAUUCAUCUGAAAUUAGCUUAAAUUCGGAUAUAUUAUGUGAACGGUAUCGCUAUUUGACGUCUAUGAGCAUAUUCAACGUGUGGAAGAGCAUUAAAUUACUUUUAUACUAUAUUAAAGAUGGCGAAGCUGUCAGCACAGUUUAAAGUUCUACAACAAUAUGAAUAUCACCAAGACUCUUCAAGGGCAAGACAGAUGGAUAUUGAGCUUGCCAUGAACAGCACGAAGACGUCCAGCAGCUUCUCUGUUAAGGACUUACUAGAUCUCCCAGAAACCAAAGUCGCCAAGGCCAGCCCCAGGGACGGGGAGGGACUCGACCUCAGCACCACUGUCAGCGUCGUCACUGCUGCUGCCGCCGUGCACGGCAUGUCUCCUGUGACACCGUACUUCGACAACAGCGACAACCCCUACACGCGCUGGCUUCAGACCAACGACACAGCCCACUACGCACACAAUAUCAGUCACGUGCCAAAUGGUAUUAUGACGCCGAACGGUGACUCUCGCCAUGGUAACGACAGCCGUCUGAGUUCCCCGGACAAGACCUCGGACUCGAUCAAGCACGAGCCGGACGAGAGCGACUGCAGCGACGACGACAAGGAAAAGGCGGACUCGGACUCCGGCAACGGCCAGUCGACGAACGGCGACGCGCCCAAGAAAAGGAAGCGAAGAGUUCUCUUCUCCAAAGCCCAGACGUACGAACUGGAGAGGAGAUUCCGCCAGCAGCGCUACCUGUCGGCUCCAGAAAGAGAACACUUGGCCAGCAUAAUCAGACUGUCCCCCACCCAGGUGAAAAUCUGGUUCCAGAACCACCGGUACAAACUGAAGCGAGCCAGGGCCGAGAAAGGUCUGACAGAGUUGAACCCCUUGCCCUCGCCGAGGCGGGUAGCGGUGCCCGUUCUGGUGAAGGACGGAAUUCCGUGCCAGAGGCCCAGUGUGAGCAUGGUCAAGUCGCAGGACCACCUGCCCAUGCAGGGAAAUAUAAACAGUAUGAACAUGGGUAACGGAUUGAGUCAUCACCACGGUUCCUACGGCAUGGGCAAUAUGAACUCGUAUCACCCGUCCAUGGGCUCGGGCAUUGGCGGGGUCAGCUCAACGUUAGCCAGCUCCAUAGGUAUGAACAUGAACAUGAGCUGUGCCUACAGCAUGAGCACCGGCUCCAUGAACUCCAUGAACCUCAAUGUGCCCAGUGUGAACAAUAUGAACGUCCUGCCUGGCUACAGCCACCCGCUCAUGCAGUCUCAAAACUUCAGGUGGUAGCGCCCUCUAAUUUGAACGCCGUGCCUUCAUCAUUGUGUGUUGUGUGUGGACUUGUCUGACAAUGUUCCAUAACUCUUAUAGAUCUCCGUCAUAAUCUACGUCAUAGGCAUCGUUGCCACAUUUGCAUAAUACGUCAUUGAGAAUACGUUCCAUGAAGUGAAUGAACAACACAUGAUAAAGGAAUAUGCAACAGAAUAUUUAACGCUAUGUCAUCCAUAUCUUUAAUCAGCGCAUGCAAUAUACGAGUAUACAACAAUGUCAUUUUCUCUCACUGUUACGUUUAGUUCAAGACUGUAGGCAUGAAUGUUCCGACUAUUCUGGGUUUGGGGGUUGUAGGACUAAUGGUGACACUAGACCUCAAGUUAUGGUGGUCUUCCAUACGUAUUUCAUUAAAAAUAAUUACAACCCAAAUUUUGCUUGUAAAAGUUAACCUUGCUUGUUCGUGGUAUAUAGUACAAUGACAAAUUUGCCACUAUUGGUACGGAAGCCUGUAGCUUGAAAAAAGCAUGUUGCCUAUUUUUUAAACACAACUUUUUGUAUCUUAUGAAGUAAUGGAAACCAUAAACGUAACCAAGUAAAAUUAAUGCCGAAUAUGCUGGGGUCAUUCAGUCACAUUAUUUAGUUUUCCCUUUAUUAGUGUCCUGAUGUGGUAUGUAUUUUUGUUUCGUUAGCUGCCAUUCUAGUUUAUAACUGAAUUUAAAACAACACAAUGGUGUUAUAGUGGUUGCAUAUUUCUUUAUUCGUGUAAUCUUCAUACAUUAGAUAUUUCACUGGGCACGUUGUUUUCAUUCUUUUUGGUUGUGAUCGACAUAUUUUGAGCGUGGAAUCAUUUUCUUUAUGUGGUUGUCUUUUAACGACCGAAUUAAUGUGAACUAUUUAAACAUUGCAGUUUUCUUGUUUAAUGUACUUUACAAAACGGUGACGUAAAGUCCUUUGUUGGUAUAUUUUUGCAAUAUAAUGUUUGCAGCUGUUUUAUGACUAUUUUAAAAUAUUUAUUAAUGUUUGAGUGCUAGAUAUACUUUAGUGUGUACAUAGAAAAAGGUUAACCCAUUACCCACUGGGCUGACAUAUGUCUGUUACGUACCGUCCGCUGACGAAAUGUCACAAUGCAACCAACAGACAGACUCUUAAACUGAACAUAUGGCUCAGCAUGUAAUACUGAAAAUACAGUUCAGCAUGUAAUACAGAAAAUAUAGAUCAGUAUGUAAUACUGAAAAUAUAGUUGAGCAUGGAAUACUGAAAAUAAAAAUUAGCAUGUCAUACUGAAAAUACAGUUCAGCAUGUAAGACUGAAAAUACAGUUCAGCAUGUAAUACUGAAAAUAUGGCUCAGCAUAUAAUACUGAAAAUAUAGUUCAAAAUGUAAUACUGAAAAUGCAUUUUCAGGUUAUAUUAAAAAUGCAUUUCAGAAUGUAUUUAGAAUGCGUUUCAACGAUAAUCAUAUUUCAGGACUAAUAGAAGAACACAGUUCAAGUGGGUGCAACAAGAGUGCAUUUCAACAUGUUACACUGAAAUAUAUGUCGCAACUAAUUUCAGGUUGUACCAUGAAUGCAUUUCAUGUUAUACUGAAAAUGCAUUUCUGAACAGACAUGAUCGUAUAAUAAAUAAUGAAUUCAAA